AUUUAAACCCACCCCAGUUCUUGAAUUUAUCAGAAUGAGCGAAAACAGCAUUGCGCGGCUCUGAAAUCGGCAAAGAAUUAGGGCGAGAAUCCUAUAUAAAAUUACUCCCAAUCCACAAUUGGCCUUUGCUUCUCCCCCAAUUUUGCUGAAUACAUUUGAUUUCUUGCUUUGUCUGAAGCAAGGAGAAUCAUGACGACUGAAUCUGAUCAAUUGCCCACGGCUCCCUCCGCCGCCCUACGCCCCAAUGAAGAGAAGGAAACUACAACUGGGGCUGUAGCUUCGUCCCCCUCCCGCGGGUUGAUGUUUCCGGAAGAGUAUGAUCCUCCCCCAAAGAGACCAAAGGGAACCACAACUCUUGCUUUUACUUUCAAGGAUGGUGUAUUUGUAGCUACUGAUCAUUCAGAUGCUAGCAAGGAUGGUGAGAUCUUAGUCUCUCUGUACAUAUUUAUGUUCUUUGUAGGUAGUACAUCAUCUAAAGUCUAAUCAGAGAAAGACAAUGACUCUCUUGUUUUGGAAUUCAGCUUCAGAAGAAUAUUUUGUCGAGAACGUUAUUAAUCUUGAUUCUCAUGUGCUCGUCACUGUUUCUGGAGUUGGGGACACUAGAUCUUUUCUCAGAAAUAUGAAAGAGCAGUACAAACAUGAUCAUGAAGCUGAGGAGAGAUUUUCUGCUUUGGAGGUAUCAGAGUGGGCGGGCAAGUAUCUGUCUUCGCAUAAUGAUAAGGAUCCAUCUGCAAAAGUGCUAAUUGCAGUGUGGGACGAUGAAAAAAUGAGAGCUGGAGUGUUUAUCAUGGAUGCUAAUGGUCAAAGGUCCAUAAAAAAAUGGGGUGCCACUGGAUCUGGUUCACGAGUUGUUCCUUGUUUUUUUAAAAUCGGGCAAGCUCCUUUUCCAUUUGAUUACUUAGUGGUUUUUGUCAAUUUUUUUAGUCAUCCUGAUUUGUUGGUGCUUCUAUGUAAUAGUUUUGACAAGAAGGGCUAUGAUGAAGCUGCGGUGUAUGUUAAAUGGGUAAUUGAUGCUACUGUAUCUGUACUUGCUUUCUUGAAGAGAACGGGAAGCUCUGACAUUGAAACUUGUGGUUACAUAAGUGGGUACUACGUAGGAGCUAAUGAUUUGAAGAGGGUCUUUCACAAUGAGCCUUUUACUCCAGCACGGGUCUUUGACAAUAAGCCUUCUACUCCAGCACUUUAGAGAAGCAGUAUCUUGCAAGAUAUAUGCCUCAUGUAGUAUCUUCAUAAGGAUGGCCUUGUGUCUUUUAAUAUGUGCUUGUGACUUUGGGAGAUGUUUGUUUGAGGGUGGACAGCAGUUGUGUACGUAGUUUUCGGUUGCAAAUCUCUUUCGGGUUCCUAUUACUUUGAUAGGCUUCUGGGCCAUACUAACUUCUAAGUACACAAAUUGUUCGUUUAGAUGAUGCAUAUACUGUUCCUGCGUAUUGUUCUUCUGUUUUUAUUUUGUGCUUUUUUUGGUGCAUAUAACCGUGGUUGUUUUGACUCAUUUUUAUCCCCCCAAAUACCAAAUUAGAG